UUUUUAGCAUCCACAGCUUGGUUGUCGACAUGCAUCCCUCCACCCGCAGUCACUACAGAGAGGAGAUGUGUGUUCUUGGCUAGUCCAGAAAACACUGAAUGGACCCAGAGAGAAGGGAACAUAAGUGGACUCAGUCAGCACUGUGCCAGAACUAACUGCUGCAUGGGUUACUUCCGGCUGGAGAGUGGAAAACCAACGCCUGUCCUUUUAGGUUGUAGUAUAAUCCGGACCGACUGCCCGAACUUGUCAUGCCGUGCAUCGAUACAUUAUCCGAACACCAUCGGGUGUGUGUGCGGCUCAGAUUUCUGCAACGCAAACAUCACCUGGAACCAGCAAGCCAAGCAAACUGAAUACAAGCACCCUCAGUAUACCUCAGAUCUCCUGAGUGCCAACGUCGUCAUUAUUCCUUUUGCUGGAGCUCUGAUUCUGUUGUUUUCCCUCAUAAUGGCACUGAAGUGGAAAAAUCUCCGUCAGCACUGCAGGUCUGCAGCACCUCCAAACACACAUGACAUCUCCGAGGUAGCUAAUACUGACCUGGGCAAACACCUGGAGAUGCAAAAGGUGGUUGCUUGCGGCCAUUUCGCCAGCGUAUGGAGGGGAACGUUCCGGGGAUCGUCGGUGGCCUUGAAAGUGUUUCCUACGGCGCUACAAAAAGAGUUCACUAAAGAGAAAGAUGUGCACAAGCUGCCGUUAAUGAUGCAUUCCGGGAUUGUAAGGUUUCUUGGAGAUGGAAAAAUGGGGAAAGAGUUCGUGCUGGUUUUGGAACUGGCAACCCAUGGUUCUUUGAAUGCAUUUCUGCGUAGAACAGUGUGUGACUGGGCAUGUACGCUAAAACUAGCUCAAACCCUAUCACAAGGACUGGCCUAUCUGCACACUGACUUGAAAAUGAACGGAGUCUAUAAACCAGCGGUGGCUCAUUGUGAUCUCAGCAGCAGUAAUGUUCUGGUGAGAGCUGAUGGUUCUUGCGCUCUGUGUGAUUUUGGAUGCUCCACGGUGCUCCACCGCCAAGCACUGCAGGGUUAUUCCGGCAUAGUAGAGGGUAGAAUUCAGAUGGGGACUCUGCAGUACAUGUCACCUGAGAUCUUGGAGGGAUACGUUAAUCUGAGCAGCGGUCGCUGCUUGCUGCAGGGAGAUGUGUAUUCCUUUGGACUACUGCUCUGGGAGUUGCUGAUGCGUUGCUCUGACCUCUGCAAAGGUUCUCCUGUUCCAGAACAUAUGCUGCCUUAUGAGGCGGAACUGGGACGCAGUCCUUCCCUUGAAGAUCUUCUUACGUUUGUGUUGGAGAAAAGAUUGCGUCCAACUGUACCUCAUUUGUGGGCCAGAAUCUCCCAGGGACUGCUUCUCCGUGAGCUCCUUGAAGAUUGCUGGGAUCACGAUGCCGAUGCAAGACUCACAGCAGAGUGUGCGGCCAACAGAUUAGCUUCUUUAAACCUCCUUUAA